UAGGGGUAGGAGAGUAAUUUUGUUUUUCAUAGCGAGGCACAAACACCUGAGAACCAGAAGCCGUUUCCUCGUUGUGAAGCGAAACAUGGCACAGCCUCAGGGGUAUGGCUAUCCUCCUCCUGUAGAAAAUAACGCUCAGUAUCCUCCUCCUCAACAGCCUUACGGUGGAUAUCCACCACCGCAGGCCGGUUAUCCAUCGCCUCACGCUGGAUAUCCACCAAAUCAACAGCCUGGCGUUGGAUUUGCUCCGGCUCAACCUGGGUAUGGUGCUCCCGUCAGCCAACAACCUGGUAAAUAUUUGAUUAUUUUUCGCAGUUUUUGAGUUCUUACUCCGCUUUGAUUUCUAAUAUACUCCCUUUUAAUUAAUAUAUUUCGGUCUGGCUGCUACCAGAAAAAUCGUGUUGAUAAAAUCGCACAAUCGGUUAAGCUUACUUCUUCGGAUUUCCGCUUCUUUACGAAAGCAUCCCAUUCGAAUCCCUUUCGCGGGUAUUUUUUUUUAAAAUUUAGCUCAGCCCUUAAACCCUGCUACAAAACUGAUUUUCGGUGUUUUAUUAUUCAUUUUUAUUAAACGUUGCUGUAAUAUGGCGGUUUAAAAUGUGACAGACCAUGUGUUUUCGAUCGGAUCGAUCUUUGUCCAUGUUCGUUUUAACUCGCUUGGACAGAACAGAUGUUUACUAUGUUCAAAAUCUUAAAAUUUUCUUUCCUGAUUAGGUUACCCUGCUCCCGGUGGCCAGGGACAAAUUAAUUGGAUGCAAGCUCCACCAGUUCCAGAAAACUGCCCCCCAGGGUUGGAGUAUCUCACGCAAAUAGACCAACUUUUGAUAAAACAACAAGUUGAGCUGCUCGAAGGUACGUGUUUACACGAUUACUGUUUCAAGUGGUUACGUCACUUUCUUAAAAUUUUAGUUCCUAACAAAAAAUUUAAACUUAUUCGUUUCACGGCUUUACCUUUGACCUUUUUUUUUGGCAGCAUUCACUGGCUUUGAAACGAACAAUAAGUACAAGAUUUUAAACAGCAUGGGUCAACAAGUUUUCUUCGCGGCAGAGGGUGAGUAAUUUCUCAAAUUUGCAUUCGUUGCUUGCUGAUAAAUAUAAGCUUAAGCUUAGAUUGAAGUUUUCUAAGAAGAUUGUCAAGUACUGUGACAUACGUGACUAAAAUUUGUUGAAUUGGCCAUUAUUUUGCCGGACUUUAUAAGUGUUUGGCAGGUAAUAAGUUUCUAUUAUGAGAUUACAAUGCGUGAUAUUAACACCCCUCGUACGUAAUUGGGUGGUUUAGCUCUAUUUGCGCAUUCAAAACAUAAAUUAAAACGGCUCGGCUAAUACAUGGUGUAUUGUACAGAUAAACACACUCUCUUUUAUCAGGAGCCAAUUAGCUUUUGCUUCUAUCUGUCUUUUAUAAAGAAACUCACCCUCAUAAUUUUAAUAUUUUUUAAAACCUUAAACAUGAUAUGCCGUACACUCUUUUUUUUUUAUAAGAAUAUUGUCUUCCCGGGCCAGGCUGAAUAUUCUUAUUUUUCCGCCGAUUUUAGGCUGUAAAUAUUCUUGUAUUAUUCUUAAUAAUAGCUUAUGACAUUUCCGUUUUAGAAUAUAUUAAGGUAUCAAUUAUAGUUUUGUUAAAUAUAGUUAGCUAGUUUUGCCUUUUAAAGAAAGGAAUAAAUUGAAAACGUAUAUUUGUAUUGUAUUUACAGAUUUUCACCACAUGAAAUUAUAUCCUUUUUAAAAUCUCAGCCUGGUGUCUAUUCUUAAAGUAUUCUUAAGAUUUCACAAAUUUCAGCCUCGAUAUUCUUAUAAAAUAUAUUCUUAUAGAAAAAAAAGAGUGUAACUUAGAUUUGGACUAAUAGAACCUGUUCACGUAACGUUACGAUGGCUAUUUGGUGUUCCAAAACAAUGAAAUGGCAGUCAUGCUGACAUACCAAGAAAUUCCUAAGGGAGUUAAACUCUUUUCUCAUGUAAACACUUUCUUUUGUUCCAAUAAAUUUGCAUAAAUGCUGGCCAUGGACAGAGUGAAUAGUCUAUAUUGGACUUCUGUCCUCAGAUGUUCAAAGUUUGCAUAAUGUUUUCCACUUAAUAAUUUGCUUGCUAUGUAGUGGAUAAGAACAGGAAGAGGUAGGAGGUACAUGCACCCAUAUAUGGGCUAUACAGGCACAUGUCUAUGCACUGCUCAACAAGGCAUGCUUUUUGCCUUGCUGACUCUGGAAUAGGAUAUAUUAGUCACCCUUUAUCUCUGGAAGAGAUGUAUAUUUUUCUUCAGUUUGUCUCUGGAAUGGGCUCAAUUUUAGCCCGGGAACAGGAUUCCUAAUGGAACAAGGGAACAUGCAUGGUAGUAAGGGUGGCGCAGUUGUGAGAGCGGUCGCCUCCCACCAAUGUGGCCUGCGUUCAAAUCCUGGCAUCUAUAGAUGCCAUGUGGGUUGAGUUUGUUGUUGCAGGUGCGAGAGGUUUUUCUCUGGGUACUCUUGUUUUCCCCUCUCAGACAUAUUUUCCAAAUUCCAAUUCAACCAGGAAUCAGGUAAAUGAAGAACCACUACAUGGUUGUCCUACCUCCAAAUCGUUAUUUAAAUAUUUAUUUUAUUUAUUUAUUUGGGUCACAAAUUCAUCUCCUUUUUUCUAGAAGACAUCCAAAGACUCAGUGGCACACUGACCUGCAUAGUAAAUUUAAGGGAUAAGUAUGAGGGAAAGUCCUAUUGCAUUAUCCAUUUGAUAGACUGAAAUUUAUCUAGUGGAUAUGUAGCACUAUCUAUCUUUUGAGCACCUAAAACUUGAUCAAUAAUCCAUUUGCCUAUGCCUAACUCCUUUUUGUAUAAAUCAUUAGACACUGAUUGUUGUACUCGACAAUUCUGUGGCCCUUCCAGACCAUUUGAGAUGAAAAUCUUAGACAACUUACAGCGUGAAGUCAUUCAUUUAUCUCGACCUCUCCGAUGCUCAUCUUGUUGGUUUCCCUGUUGCUUGCAAGAGAUUGAAAUACAGUCACCACCUGGGACAGUUCUUGGCUAUUGCUCUCAAUCGUGAGAAACGUCCUUGUUUAAUACUGUGACUAGGGCCCAAAAAUCUCCAUAGCCCAACUUGUGGGGGGCUAGUUUUGGGGACAAGCAAAAAAAGUGCCAGCUUGCCUUAAUUAAGCUUUUGCACCCAUGAAACAAAAAACAGUGCUUGCAUACUUUUAAACAGACAAAAUAUCAAACGAACAUGUGUUUACCAGCAUUUUGUGUUGAAGAUUCAUCUUUUUAUGUUGAUAAUUAGUUUUUUCGUUUAAUAAAUUUUGAAUGCCAUACAUCAAUAAUGUUGCGCAGCAUACAAUUAAACAAUGCUUUACUGAAUAGGUGAAAAAUAAAUGGAUAGAUUUUCUGAUUAAAUCAGCUUUUCCGCUAUGAUCUUUUCAGGUGGUCGAUAUGCAUUCCAAAGUUUGAAAUUCAGAAUGCCGCAAGAGAGACUGUCUUGAAGAUUGAAGGGCCUUUCUGCCAGUGUAAUAUCUGUGGAGAUGUUGAAUUCCAUGUAAGGAUUAUAUUUUCCCACCCAACUCAUCCAUGCAUAUGUUACUAGUAGGGAACACACUGAGCUGGUUGGAAUAGUUCUGAUCAGCAGUGGAAUAUUGUUCCUUUUAAAAAUGCAGUGUACCCAUCUGGAUGGCUGUAAUUCUGACCAAUGGAGAACACUAAAGAGUUGCGUCAUUCAGUCUUUUUAAUUCCUAGAAUUCAAUAAUGAGAUAUUAUGAGAAUCAUUAAUCUCUCUUCUAAUUAAUACAACAGAACAUAGUGUUGUCAUGUAUUGACCCACAGAACAGUGUACACUAUGUCUUAGUGUAUGAAUGUUUCAAUCAUUUAAAUUUCAACUUCGUCAUGUGUUUUGGUUUGUCUUAGGUUUUGUCAGCCGACGGCCAAAACCAAGUAGGCAAGAUUUCAAAACAGUGGAGUGGACUUGUUAAGGAGGCAUUUACUGAUACAGAUAAUUUUGGAAUCACGUGUAAGUCAAGACCUUGUUAGAAAGCAGACAAACAAAUAAGUUACUCUUCUUUCCAGGAUGAAGGGCUAUAAUAUAAAUAUACACAUUGAGCCAUCUUUUAGAAAGUGCAGUAAGUACACAGGGUCCGAAAUUAACUACGAGCGCCAACUGGCAAUCAAGUAUAAAUUUUUGGUCGCCAGAGGGCAAAUUGUGGUUGCCAAAAAUUCCCCCUCCCUUUUUUUCAAAUAAAAAAUGCAUGGUAUGGACGUUUUUGUGCUCAAAAAUUGCACUACUUCCGCUCCCAAGCAACCGUACGUGUACGAGUGAAGUCUUAUUUUUCCACAAAUUACAGAAAGCUGUCUGCCACGACUGCACUGAUCAUAUCAAAACUCUAUUUUCUUCCGAUAACUACCACGAAACAUAGCUGCCAUGUUGCUUGUACCAGGCCACAACUGUGCCACAUUACUCGUACCAGUCCACAAAGUAUAUAAUGUACUUACUGUAUUUCAGCUGAAAACAACAUGGCGGCUUGAAACGUUCAACUCGUUUUGAUCGUAGCUGUUGUGGAGGUAUUAUUACAGGAAGAUUAAUAAAAAAAUAUCAGCAGGACAAAAAGUAAGACACCUGUUGGCAAAUAGGGACAAGGUUUCAAUUCUUAAUCAGCUUCUCCGAACGUUUAUGUCCACAAUAACAACCAACUAUACAAGUCGCUAGCUGGCGACCCGCUAUGAAAUUCUGGUCGCCAGGACUAAAUUUUUAGUCGCAUUGGCGACCAGGAAGGCGCAAUUUCGGACCCUGGUACAGUGGUGGAUCCAGGGCGCCUGCCCCCCCCUUUUCCCCUUAUUUUUGAACCAAAUUGAGGGCCAAAGGGCUGGAAAAAAAUUCCUGGGAGACCGAGCCCCCCCUUAUCUAAGGGUCUGGAUGACUGCCUGCCCCCCUUAUCUCAAGGUCUGGAUCCGGCACUGCAGUAAUGUUGAGGAAAAUGGCCUUUUAACCUUUUAGCUCUAACAACAUUGAAACCCAAGGGGGGGGGGGGGUUACUCAACAAAGUUUUAGACUCUGACCAGACCAACCCCUUACCCUUUUAUAGACCAUUAAUAUAUAACCUUCUAUCAACUAAUGGUGCCAUGAAAAGCUGGUACCCCUUUUGGGUGGAGCCUUCCUGUAUAGGCCAUUGUAGGGAGUACCAUCCUGGGAUUAACAUAGCUGUCUAAGGCUGCAACCCUGUUCAGUUGAAGCUCUAUCAGUGUCAUCUGGAUUUUUUUCCAUCUAGUAUUAUUCCUGCUGCACCUUGUUGUUAGUUAAGUACUUGUAUUAAAUUUUAUUUUCCUUUGCUUUUGGAGUUAGAUGGAAAUGUACAAUAAUGACUUUGAAAAAAAGGAAACUCAAUAAUAACUGACCAACAAAUGAAUUAAUAAUGUACAUUGUUUUUAAUUUCUUGAUUAGAUACCUCACAUAUCCUCUGUUGAUGCCCAUGCUAGCAUUUUCGCCUAUGGUCCCUUCUUUUAAUAUUGUUGCAGUUACUUUUAAAAUGUCAAGUACUGCAUGUCACCUGUUUCUCUUACAGUAAUGCUCCAUAAUCUGUGGUAUCAAGUGUAAGGCGACUGUAAAUGGACUUUCUUUAUUUCAGUCAUCUGUAGUCAUCAAUGGCCCUUAGUUUAGAGCGUUGCACUGGGAAACAUAUGAAACCAAAAGAAUGUGGCAAUAUUAACUAAGUAUAAUAAUGUUGUCUGUGUAUUUCUUAUUGUGUUUAGUCCCCAUGGAUCUUGAUGUCAAGAUAAAAGGAGUUAUACUUGGGGCAUGUUUCCUCAUUGUAAGUACAAACACUUGAAUCAAACUUCUGUAUCAUCUGCUACAUGGAAUGUCCCUUGGUUGUAAGUUUUGUUUUCCUAAGUUUUAUCUCUGCUGACUGAAACGACAAAAGUAGACUUUUUGUUGCAACUUUUUCCAGGUUAAACACCCCUUGAAGACUUUUCUAAACUAGUAUAUUGAAAAAUCCAUGUCCUGGUUGUCUGGAACUUCAGUUAUUCACAGAGGUGUUAGAUGGAUUUCUUUACUUACAAAAUGCCCAACAGUCUCUUAUUUUUCAUUUGAGUCCAGCACAGUAGAUCAAGAGCACUGGUGAGGCUUAGAGUGGUGAAGUUGCGAGGAACAAGGGCGAAAGCUUGAGCAAAGAAAAAACUUUUCUUCUCUCCACCCCCAAUCUCCCCUCUUUUGUACCAUUAAUUCUCAUUAUCCGACUUUUUUGCUCGCCGGACGAGGCUCUGAGGAAAGACGGACGACUGCUCACACUCUACACGUUUCAGACACUUUUUAUUGCUGAUCUUGAUUAUAUAUUUAACAGUUAAUGAAUGAGGCUGAGUAUCUUAUGAAGAAUUAUGGAGAUCGAGGAGGGUGUUAUCCGUCGAGGCCGUAGGCCGAGGCGGAUAACACCCUCCGAGAUCUCCAUAAUUCUUCAUAUGAUACGAACGCCGAAUUCAAUAACUGUUUUAUUAUUCAAUCAAAAUAAUUCCUAGUUUAAAAACAUAGCUAAAACGUGCUUACCUCCAUCGAUCCAUCGAUGUUCAGUUCAUCUUCGAUAGUGUACGUUUAGGUUUGUCCAGCUCCGCAAAUAUUCUCCAAAUAGCAGAUGUCGCCCUUCGAGUUGUCCUCUUGCUGUUCUUGCCAUGUUCUUAGCCAUUUUUUCGCCUAGUUCUUACUCUUGAAACGAGUGAAAUGUCCGCCAUUUUUUCAAGUUCACAACCAAAACAACUCAACCUCGUCCCCAGGUCUUCUCGGUCAACGGUGCCUUAACCUGCAAAAACGCUGCAUUUUUGACGUCAUUUCCUCGUUAAAGUCCAAUUUCUUCCAAAUUUGGUCAUCGGUAACUGGUUAUGGUGAAUUAAACGUGUGCUUUUAGCCAAUCAGAAUCGAGGAAAUAUUUUGAAUGAAUAAUAAAUUACGUUACUUUUUAUAAGUAGCUUUCAGAUGAUAAUGACAGUCAUUCAUUGAACAGUAAUGACUUUUUUUAGCCUUUAUUGUCUUAAGAAGCUUUAUGACUUGCUUGUGAUAUCUAAUAUUGGCAGCUUAACAGACUUUGAUCUCAUCCCCAACUUUUUGUUUUCUUUUUUUCAGGAUUUCAUGUUCUUUGAACAAACUCAAGGCCACGACAAUGACCGCUUUUAACUUAAUAGUGUGUUAUCCUCACCAGUCAUACUAAAAUGGUAUUAGGCUGAUUUAGCAACAGAACGGGAGCGUCAGUUGAUGAAAGUGCAUGCAAAUUAAACAACAGGCUUGACCUGUGGCAGGGCAGCAAACAGGGGCACCCAACGAGGAUAUGGUUCAAAACCACUUAACAUAGCGUUGUUGAACGUAUUUUAGUAUUUAAACGGUAGAUAUAGGCUUAUUUUUAUCCCCUAAAAACUUUUCAUCUGUUCGGAUUUCCUAGCUGAAAGUCUAGUGAUCCGAAAAUUAUAGGGAUCAAAACUUACCUUUCCGAAAAUUUCAGCCAGGAAAAGGCUCCCGAAAAUUCUAGGUGGCCUUUUUUAGGGUAAAUAUCCGUUUAAAAUGGGUAUUUAUACCAUUUUGUAGAUGUUCGAAAAUCCUAGGAGAGGCAGGCAAGCAAGAAAUUUUACAACAAAUGUUCCGAAAAUUCUAGUUCUCAAAUCGUCUUCCGAACAGAUAUUUUCCCGAAAAUUGCCGUUGGGUGCCCCUGAGCAAAUUUGGCAAGGGAAGUCGCAUUCAGUCCUGUCCGCGCGCUUUCCUGUUGUCAACUGACGUUUCCGUUCUGUUGCUAAAUCAGCCUAAUUUUUAGACAGUCAAGUCAAUUGUCUCCUACAUGGAACACCAUUGGGACUGGUACCAAGUGUUGGCCUUAAAAGGGUGUCCUUUUAAUUGUCAAAGUAACUACCAAGUGACAAACUGAGGGGGAGAAGGUAUGAGUCUGUGUAUUCUUGUUCAAUGUUGGUUCAAUAUUGGCGAUUGGCAUGAUGACGUCUUUUGACUGCUAAUACCACAAUCCUUCAGGGUUUCGCUUUUUCGAAACUAGGCAACAUGAGCAUAAGAUGACGGUGAAAUCGCGUUGUUUGCGUUCCACCGUUUAUUUUUCAGUUGGUGGUGAAUUUUCUUGGAGUUGAAUUCUCAUGCACCCAGUUUAGGAAAAAAGCAUACAGUUGUGUUGUGUUUGCAUUGGGUCCAUAAAACGUGAAACUAGGAACUCUCUAGGGUGAAAAUUGUUGGUUUGCUUUAUAAUACUAAAACUGUUGCUUCCUUGACGUUUAUUGAGACAAGCAACAAGUCGACCCCUCAUAAGUUCUUAAAAGCGAAAAGCUUCAAUGUGAUCGCGCAGCGAUCGAGCGAGCGAUUAAGUCGCGGCAUAACGAAAUAAAGGACUUUUAGAAACAAGUUAAAGUUUACCAUGCCCUCACGGUCAUCUUUGCUGAAUCUCUUUAAUGACUGAAGAACGGCAGGGUGUAACUCCAAGAUAUCAGUUUCGUUACUGAUGUCCUUUAGGAGAGAAUUGACUGCACCUUUAUCUUGCGUACUCAUCUCAUAGACUUUAUACUCGCCAUCUUUGCACGCGCCAAAGGAUUCAUCGAAUCAGAGCAAUGUCAGGUGGUCUCUCAGGGGUUGCCCUGAUAAAAAUCCCAUCAAUCCCUACGUGCUUGCAAAGAUGGCCGACAUUGUGAAUGAGGUCUAUCUGUCGUCGUAACAGGAAAUAUUAUAGAUUUGUUUUAUGUGUGUAUAUUAUAUCAGCUAUAUCGGACUGUUAUUUUGUUAUUGUAAGACAGCAACGUAAAAAUGCGCGCUGAGCGAUUAUGGAUUCAUCAUACUGAGGAGAUCCAGGGUCAGUUAACUGGAACUAGCCUUGUAUGACAGGCGUUGUUUUUUCGCUUUUUUUCAGGCGAGCGAAGGCAAGCGCGAAGCAAGCGAGGGGCGCCGGACGCGUCUUCCCCAG